CUGGAACGCCCUGACCAAAUCCUCGAGCAUUACUCUGUCUUUGUACCAUUUCUAAUCCAAAUGGCUUUGCAACUUUUCUCACUUGAGGGCAAGACUGCCCUAAUUACCGGUGGAACGAGAGGCAUUGGUCAGUCAAUGACCGUUGCUCUAGCAGAAGUGGGGGCGGAUAUAAUUCUCGUCCAGAGAGACACCACCAAUACUCAAACCAAAGAAUUGGUCGAGAAAGCGGGCCGGAAAGCUAUCAUCUACUGCGCCGAUUUGUCUUCCCGAGACGAGGUCAAAAAGGUCGUCCCUAUGAUCAUAAAAGAUGGUUAUCAAAUUGACGUCCUCCUGAACUGUGGAGGCAUCCAAAGGCGACAUCCCAGCGCCGAGUUCCCCGAUGAUGACUGGGAUGAGGUGCUUCAAGUGAAUCUGACUUCGGUCUUCACCCUUUGUCGGGAAGUGGGUGCACACAUGCUUUCCCGCUCGUCCGAUGUGCAUGGCCGUCGGGGAAGUAUUAUUAAUGUUGCUUCGCUUCUCUCCUUCCAGGGCGGCAUUACUGUGCCAGCCUACGCGGCUUCCAAAGGUGGCGUCGCGCAGCUCACCAAGGCCUUGUCUAAUGAGUGGGCAAGCAAGGGCAUUUCGGUCAAUGCAAUUGCGCCUGGAUAUAUUGCAACCGAUAUGAAUACGGCGCUCAUUAAUGACCCGAACCGUGCCUCGAGCAUCCUGUCUCGUAUUCCCGUUGGAAGGUGGGGAAGCCCGGAAGAUUUCAAGGGGGCCGUUGUAUUCCUUGCCAGCAGGGCUAGUGCCUAUGUCUCCGGAGAAAUUCUAACGGUGGAUGGGGGUUGGAUGGGAAGAUGAAGGGCAGAAUGACCCGAGCCGGGGAACAUGGGAUAUAAUGGAA